CCCUGUGCUAGUUGUCGUCUAGGUCCUCACACGUGACGUAAUUCCCCGGCGACAGGAAUACUUUCAAAACACUGAUCUGUUUGGUUGGUUGGUAUUUCUGUGUUUUUUUACUCUAGCAGCUUAACAUAAUGGCAUUGGAGACUGUCCCCAAAGACCUGCGCCAUCUGCGAGCGUGUCUUCUUUGCUCGCUGGUGAAGACCAUUGACCAGUUUGAAUAUGACGGCUGUGACAACUGUGAGUCCUACCUCCAGAUGAAGGGGAACCGAGAGAUGGUUUACGAAUGCACAAGUUCCUCAUUUGAUGGUGUGAUAGCCAUGAUGAGUCCCGAGGACAGCUGGGUAGCUAAAUGGCAGAGGAUAGGCAACUUCAAACCAGGUGUAUAUGCAGUCUCAGUGACAGGCAGACUACCUCCAGGUGUGGUGAGAGAGUUGAAAAGCAGAGGAGUGAUUUACAAAUCCAGAGAUACAGCGGUGAAGACCUAAACCUGACUGCUUCCAGUUUAUGUCAUCUGAUUAGCCACACUAGAGCAGUAUCGUACUGCAGCACCAACCCCAGGAAGAAGUUACACACUGGGAUUGUUCAAUUCCUGUUUUUUGUUGCGAUUAGAAAUAUUAGCUCGGGUGAUUAUAGGGUAGAAAAUGUGGAUAUUUCUUAUUUCUUUUAAUAAUUGAGAAAAAAAAAGUUGUUUUAUAAGAAA